AGACCACUGCGCCACUCGGGAGACGUAGGCGUAGUGUUAUAGUGCACCAUAGAGAAUGUGAAAUGCAUAUUUUUCUGGAUUGUCUCCUUAUUACAGAUGGGGUGUUGAUCAAGUUAUAGAGCAGUACUAGGUGGUAUCCCAGUUGUCUCUAUUGCUGAAGCAAGAGGAAGUGGAGGUCAGGUGAACGUUACCUGUUCAUCAGUGGGCUGGUCACCACAACCUACAGUCACCUGGAGAAACAAAGAGGGGAAAGAGAUCAGAAAUGGACAAGCAGUUCUCUACACAUCUGAUUCUCAGGGCUUGGUGAGUUUAAGUAGUUGGGUGCUGUAUUCUCUCUCAGACUCAGAUUGGCUCUCCUGUACAGUCUCUCUGUCUGAGGAGAAGAAGAGCGAGAGCAGAAUCCUGCAACAGAUAUGCCAGCCUGGACCCUGGAGAGAAGCAUUUAUUGCAUAUUUGGUCCUGUCUCUGCUCCUCCUCUCGGCUCUUGCAUCUGUGGUCAUCAUGCUGGGCAAACAAAGAAAUUCCCUGGCACGGUUGUCAUCACAAAAAAGCAAAGGCAGUCCAGCAGAAACUGAGCUUGAGCAGAGGCCAGAGACAAGACACCUUAUUGAAGAGGCAGGACACAUUCAUGAGAAACAAGCUGUUGAAGAAGGAAUUAAUCUAAAAGAUUGGCUCCAGGUGAAAGGAUUCAAAAAGAACGUCACUAUGGAUGCCCAGACUGCUCACCUUGCUUUUAAUGCGAAUGAUGAAGGAAAAAAGGCUCAGUACAGCACAGGAGAAGCUAACAAUUCCUCAAACAAGCAUCCCCAUGUGUUGGGUAAAGAGCGUUUAAUCUCUGGACAGCACUACUGGGAAGUGAAGAUGGGUGAUAAUUGUACAGAAAAGCUGUCAUGGUAUAUCGGUGUGGCCAGAGAAAAUGCUCAGAGAAAACCACCAUUCCUUUAAAUCCUCAGUAUGGUUUCUGGAUUUUAUUUUAUGAAAAAGGAAAAGGUUUCCAUAUAAAAACAACUAACCCGCCAAAACAAAUAACUGUGGCAGAAUAUCUUUCUAUAGUAGGAGUGUUUCUAGACAGUGACAGACAAACUUUGUCUUUUUAUAAUGUUGAGACAAAGUCACAUCUCUACACGUUUAGUGAUGUGGUAUCAAACUGCUUUCUCCCUGUGUUCAGCCCUGGAAAAAGUGAUAAACGUGUUAUGAUAAUAUGUUGAA